GCGGUGCUGUCAGGCUGGUUCGCCGUCUGUGCGGGGCCUUCGCUCCUUCACGCCGUCCCGGGGGAGGGCAGCUCCGGAAUGGGGCUCGGCAGCGGCUUCUUCCCCGCUAGCUGCCUCGCCGGUCGUGACCGCCCGGGAAGCCGUUAGUUUUGGCUGUUUCGGCGCCGGUGUCGCUCCGCCCUUCACCGCACUGAGCUAACACUACAAGAAACCCCGGAAGUCCUUGAAACCUAAUUUCUGGAGUGCACACAAGAGACUAUCAAAAUGUCAGGAGCUUCUGUAAAAGUAGCUGUUCGGGUCAGACCUUUUAAUUCCCGAGAGACCAGCAAAGAGUCCAAAUGCAUCAUCCAAAUGCAAGGAAAUUCAACCAGUAUCCUGAAUCCAAAGAAUCCUAAAGAAGCACCAAAAUCCUUCAGCUUUGACUAUUCGUACUGGUCCCAUACCUCGCCUGAGGAUCCUUGCUUCGCCUCUCAAAAUCGUGUCUACAAUGACAUUGGGAAAGAAAUGUUGCUCCAUGCCUUUGAAGGCUACAACGUCUGUAUCUUCGCCUAUGGCCAAACUGGAGCCGGAAAAUCUUACACCAUGAUGGGGAAACAGGAAGAGAACCAGGCAGGGAUCAUCCCACAGCUGUGCGAAGACCUCUUUGAGAAGAUCAAUGACAACAGCAACGAGGAAAUGUCUUACUCCGUGGAGGUCAGUUACAUGGAGAUCUACUGCGAGAGGGUUCGAGACUUGCUGAACCCCAAAAACAAAGGGAAUUUGCGGGUCCGGGAACACCCACUGCUCGGGCCUUAUGUGGAAGACCUGUCCAAGCUUGCGGUCACUUCCUACACCGACAUCGCAGACCUCAUGGAUGCUGGGAAUAAAGCGAGGACGGUAGCAGCUACCAACAUGAAUGAGACCAGCAGCCGCUCUCAUGCUGUCUUCACCAUAGUUUUCACGCAGAAGAAACACGAUGCGGAAACCAACCUUUCCACCGAGAAGGUUAGCAAAAUCAGUCUUGUGGACCUCGCUGGGAGUGAGAGAGCCGACUCUACUGGUGCCAAAGGGACUCGACUAAAGGAAGGGGCAAAUAUCAACAAGUCCCUCACCACGCUGGGGAAGGUGAUAUCGGCCUUGGCGGAAGUGGAUAACUGCACCAGCAAGAGUAAGAAGAAAAAGAAAACGGACUUCAUUCCAUACAGGGAUUCUGUGCUGACGUGGCUGCUUCGGGAAAACCUAGGUGGCAACUCCAGAACCGCCAUGGUGGCUGCUUUGAGCCCAGCAGACAUCAACUAUGAUGAAACAUUAAGCACAUUAAGAUACGCAGAUCGGGCCAAGCAGAUCAAAUGCAACGCAGUGAUCAACGAGGAUCCCAACGCCAAGCUGGUGCGGGAACUGAAGGAAGAAGUCACACGGCUGAAAGAUCUACUUCGCGCCCAAGGGCUUGGAGACAUUAUUGACACAUCCAUGGGCUCGCUCACCGCAUCUCCAUCUUCCUGCUCUCUCAGUAGUCAGGUGGGCUUAACGGCCGUCUCCAGUAUCCAAGAACGGAUCAUGUCCACGCCCGGAGGAGAGGAAGCCAUUGAACGUCUGAAGGAAUCUGAGAAAAUCAUUGCAGAGCUGAAUGAAACCUGGGAGGAGAAAUUGAGGAAGACCGAAGCAAUCAGGAUGGAGAGAGAAGCUCUCUUGGCUGAAAUGGGGGUCGCCAUCCGAGAAGAUGGAGGCACCCUUGGCGUCUUCUCCCCGAAAAAGACCCCUCAUUUGGUGAACCUGAAUGAGGACCCCCUGAUGUCAGAGUGCCUGCUUUAUUACAUCAAGGACGGCAUAACUAGGGUUGGUCAGGCGGAUGCCGAACGGCGCCAAGACAUCGUCCUGAGUGGAGCUCAUAUCAAAGAGGAGCACUGCAUUUUCCGAAGCGAGAGGAACCCCAACGGCAGCGUGGUUGUUAUCCUGGAACCGUGUGAAUGCUCAGAGACCUACGUCAACGGCAAGAGAGUGAUCCAGCCAGUCCAGCUGCGUUCAGGAAAUCGCAUUAUUAUGGGCAAAAACCACGUCUUCCGCUUCAACCACCCCGAGCAGGCGAGGGCUGAAAGAGAGAAGACGCCCUCGGCUGAGACUCCCUCCGAACCAGUCGACUGGACUUUUGCCCAGAGGGAAUUGCUGGAGAAACAGGGAAUUGAUAUGAAGCAGGAGAUGGAGAAAAGACUUCAAGAGAUGGAGAUUCUGUACAAGAAGGAGAAAGAAGAAGCGGACCUCUUACUGGAGCAGCAGAGGCUGGAUGCAGACUCUGAUAGUGGAGAUGACUCGGACAAGCGGUCUUGUGAGGAGAGCUGGCGGCUGAUUACUUCCCUGAGAGAGAAGCUGCCCCCCAGCAAGUUACAAACCAUUGUUAAAAAAUGUGGCCUCCCCAGCAGCGGCAAGAAGCGCGAGCCCAUCAAAAUGUAUCAGAUCCCUCAGCGCCGACGCCUCAGCAAGGACUCCCGGUGGGUGACCGUUUCCGAUCUCAAGAUCCAGGCCGUGAAGGAGAUCUGCUACGAGGUCGCCCUCAACGACUUCCGGCACACCCGGCAGGAGAUCGAGGCCCUGGCCAUCGUCAAGAUGAAAGAACUCUGCACCCUGUAUGGGAAGAAGGACCCCAACGAGCGCGACUCGUGGCGAGCCGUGGCCCGAGACGUUUGGGACACGGUGGGGGUGGGCGACGAGAAGAUCGAGGACCUGCUGCUAAGCGGGAAAGGCAUCGCUGACGUGGACGAUCUGAAGGUCCACAUUGACAAGCUGGAAGACAUCCUCCACGAGGUGAAAAAGCAAAACAACCUGAAGGACGAGGAGAUCAAGGUCCUCAGGAACAAGAUGCUCAAAAUGGAGAAGGUGCUGCCGCUCAUGAAGUCCCAAGAGCUGAAAGGGCCAGCCGCUACAGCCGCCACGAAGCCGAAAGAGCCCCCCGGCCUGGGAGUCAGUGCAGAAGGAAAUGUAAACGAGGACAGGAAGAGUGGCUCCGAGAAAGAAGUCCGGGUUUCCCAGUUAAUGGAGGAAGACCCUGCCUUCCGGCGUGGGCGAAUGCGCUGGAUGAGGCAGGAACAAACCCGCUUCAAGAACCUGCAGCAGCAGGAGAUCACCAAGCAGCUCCGCCGGCAGAACACGCCGCACCGCUUCAUCCCACCGGAGAACCGCAAGCCCCGUUUUCCUUUCAAAAGCAACCCGACCCACCGGAACUCCUGGAGCCCGGGCACCCACAUCAUCAUCACCGAGAACGAGGUCAUCGAAGUGAGAAUCCCCAAGGAGGAAGAGAAGAAGGCGGAGGAGGCGGAGGAGACCCAAACCCUGCCUGCUAAAGCCCCCGUCAUGCUCCCCAAGGACCCUCCUCCACUUUGGAACAAGCCCGGGCUGCCCAAAGCUCCGGAUCAGAUCCAGAUCAAGAGGCAACCCUUGAAUCCGCAGCCCCAGCCUUGCCCCCUGCAGCCAAACCCCUCCACCCCGGUGCGCUGGAGAAGCCAUUCCCUCAACGGCCAGCAGAGGGCUUUCCGGCGCCAGUUGUCGGACUCCUCUGAGUCCUUGCCCUCCCAGGGCACAACCCAACCCCCAAAUCUGCAAUCCUUCCAUCAGAGGCGCCACCUUCACCAGCACUGGCAAUCUUACAGUGCCCACGGCAGCCUGGAGAGCCGAGCCAGACCGGCGGAUCGGCCGAACCCCUGCAACCAGUUUGUGACUCCUCCGCGCAUGAGGCGCCAGUUCUCCGCCCCAAACCUCAAAGCCAGCCGAGAAACCACGGUUUGAUUCUCCCACCGGUGGAAGAGAGAGCUCUGCCCAUCCUGACAGGGUGGGAUUGGGGAGGGGGGGGGAAAACGUGGGCAGUGUCCACAAACAAUUGGCCUCGGGCCUCAAAAGAGAGGAACUUUGCCGACCGACAUACAGAGCACAAGACCGCACAUUUUCUACCUAUCUACCAACUGCCUGUGAAACAUUUGUUGUUUUCUGUUUUAUUUUUAUUUUUAGAAUUGUGGAAAUCUCUUACUUUGGCCUUGGGGCAAGGCCUCUGUGUCGGUUUGGGAACUAUCAGCGUAUCAUCAUUUUUAGGGGGUGGGGGAAACAAUGAACACAAAUAUGGACUUUUUAACUCACAUUUGUGUCGAUCUUUGGACAAUCAGCAAGGCUCUCCUUCCCACUUCAAUUGCGUAUUUUAUUUGGAUUGUAUUCCGACACCUCUUCAAAGCCUCGAAAGCCACCCCUAAAGUUUUGGAAUUGGGGCAGAUUAUUAAGACAGGGCAGCUAAUUCCUCUAAA